AUGGGCCUAACAACCAAACCUCCCGACCCAGAUCGCAAAUCACUAGGAGUUCGGAUUGAGCGGCCAACCCUUGAAUCUCAAUCUGCUCCUAAUAUGGCAACCAUCCAAGACGAUGAUGAACUUCUUCUAGCUCGUAUUGGCUAUAAGCAAGAACUACGACGAGAGUUUUCCAAAUGGUCCACGGUUUCCUAUGCCAUCUCUAUCCUCGGUGUUCUGGGCUCCGUACCAGCGACCUUCGGUUCUCCACUGGCAGCCGGCGGUCCUGCCACGGCUGUCUGGUGCUGGCUGAUCGGAUCUUGCAUGGCGAUGUGCAUCGGCAGCUCCGUUGCGGAAUUAGUUUCAGCCUACCCGACAGCUGGUGGAAUGUACUUUGUCACGAAGCAUGUCGUGCCCCCUGAUCAAGUCCCAAUUUUCGCGUGGAUCCAGGGUUGGUGCAACCUACUGGGCCAGACGGCUGGUGUGUCAAGUGUUGCAUAUACUGUCAGCCAGAUGCUGCUUGCCUGUGUUAGUAUGAAUUCGGAGCUCAUUGAUGGGAGUUAUUCAUAUUCGCCGUCCGCAGUGGAGACUGUAUUGUUGUCUAUCGGGAUCCUGUGUAUUCUUGGUAUCAUAUGCUCGUUGACGACGAGAACAUUGCAUCGCAUCAUCCUUUGGUUCGCGCCGAUAAAUAUCUGCGCGACUAUCGGAAUUUGUAUCGCUCUGAUAUAUUUGACCCCAGACAAGCAGCCCGCCUCGUGGGUUUUUACCCACUUCACUGAUGGGUCUGGGUGGAACUCGAAAGUCUUCUCCUUCUUUCUGGGUUUCCUUUCCGUCGCAUGGACUAUGACCGACUACGAUGGUACAACACACAUGUCAGAGGAAACACACGAUGCGGCUGUCCGAGGGCCAGUCGCCAUAAAGACAGCUGUUCUCGUUUCGGGGGCUUUCGGUUGGCUUUUGACUGUCUGCAUGUGCUUUUGCCUAUCUGACUUUGAUCAAAUUCUCAAUACCCCUACAGGUCUCCCAGCCGCACAGAUAUUCAUCAACGCUGGUGGUAAGCGAGGCGGCACAGUCAUGUGGUCUUUCGCCAUCCUUGUCCAAUUCUUCACGGGUUGUUCAGCCAUGCUGGCUGAUACUCGAAUGGCUUACGCAUUUGUCAGAGAUAACGCCCUCCCUUUCUCUGGCUUUUUAUCGAAAGUUAAUUCUCGUACCCAUACGCCCGUAAAUGCAGUCUGGUUUGUGGUCUUCUUCAGCGUUGCCCUGAACUGCAUUGCCAUUGGUUCAACAGAGACCGCCACGGCAAUCUUCAGCAUCACCGCCCCAGCAUUAGACCUGUCCUACAUCUCCGUCAUUCUUGCACAUCAGCUCUACAAAAACAAGGUCAAGUUCAUCGAAGGCCCCUUCACUCUGGGCAAAUGGGGUACUACGAUUAACUAUAUCGCCGUGAUAUGGGUUAUGUUCAUCAGUACCAUUCUUUUCUUCCCAUCACAGCUUCCUGUUACGGCAGCCAAUAUGAAUUAUGCGAUCUGUGUCGCUGCCUUCAUCGCCAUUUUCGCCCUGGUCUGGUGGUGGGUUGCAGCCCGAGGAAAAUACACGGGCCCUCAGACCAAUGAUAUUAUUCAAGAGAUUCCUAAUGAUGAAAACGAACAUGAUUAUGCACAGUCUGAUGAGGGGUCUGUUUGA